AUGGUAGAUGGAGACAAAAAGCCAGCCAUGGGAUACAUCUAUGAGUCCAUGGAUAGGGCUAAAGAGACUAUCACUGCUAGUUUUUUGCAUAAAGAAGAACAUUAUAAAAAAGCUUUUGAGUAUAUUGAUGCAAGGUGGGGUUGCCAACUCCAUAAACCGUUACAUGCAGCUGGGUUUUUCUUAAAUCCAAAAUUGUAUUACAAAAAUCCCGAGAAUGCAAUGUGUGUUGAGGUUAUAAAUGGAUUGUAUGCAACCAUUCAAAAGUUGGUACCUGAUUUGAGCACUCAAGAUAAGAUUGGGGAACAACUAGACUUGUAUCAAAAUGCCCAAGUUCUUUUUGGCAAUCCGAUGGCCACAAGACAAAGAGACAAAAAAGCUACAGCUGACUGGUGGUCUACAUAUGGAGCGUUGGCACCAGAGUUACAUAAAUUUGCUAUCCGAGUUCUUAGCUUAACCUGUAGUGCUACGGGUUGCGAGAGGAACUGGAGUGUCUUUCAGCAACUUCAUUAA